AUGGUUACUACUUCUGACCCUGAAGGCGGCACUCCCAAGCCUCCCAGCACAACCAAGGCCCGGAACAUCUACACCAAGCCCGAUUUUCUCACCGCGCCGUUUCUCAACGUCUACAAGCGACUGCCCGCGCACUUACCCUCAAGCCACGCACACAUCAUCAAGGUUGGCCCCCUCAGGGAGGACCUAUUCGAGGGCGAAGAACAAUACGAUCUCAAGAUCCAAGAUGCAGUGGCCACUCUGCUGUUCCAGAUCUCCAAGGACACCCUAGACACGUUUCUCAGCGGCGUCACUGAUUCUUUCAAGCUCGUUCAAUCGUUUGAGGGACGAUCCAAAAUGCAGCUCAUCAUCUGGAAGCAGGGAACUCAAGUUCUGAUUGGCCAGUUCAUCGAGUACGAGAAACAGGAUUGUCUAGAAUGGGACAAUCUCGUUCGUUGCACUAUCAACUACGACGGAUCUUGGGGUCUCUAUUCUGCCAGCUUCGGUAGGUACACUAGGCGAGAGCAUGAGCACGCAUGGUCUGAGACGUUCAUACGGACCGGUAUCAACCGAAAGUUGGUCGCUGGUGACGAGAAACAAAUGGCAGAGUAUGCAGGCCUCUUGAGCGAGUACAUCAUUGUCAAUGAGUGCUGGAGCGCUGGGUCGGGCUCCAAGUGGAACAUCGAGACCGCCAUGGCUGACUGAAGCAUCC